AGUGCCGACGGCCGGCGGCGGCCGCGCCCAGGCAGCGGGCCGCCAUGGACCUGGCGCCCUACGCGACGGCGAGAGACGAUGUGGUCCGACCUCCGCCCGGCGCCCUGUCCAGCCGAGACGUGGCCGACCUGCUGCGGCGCCGCUACGCCAUUAUCACAGGCGGCCGCUGCUUGGGCUGCCCGAUCCUGACGCUGCCCGACCCGGCCGUGGCGCCGGAGCCGUGCUGGGUGUCAGACGACGAGUACCGCCAGCUGGUCAUCUACCUGACGUCGGUGCCCGUACUGGAAGAGGCCGACCAGGGCUUCAUCCUUGUCAUCGACCGCCGCCAGGACCGCUGGAGCUCGGUCAAGGCCGCCCUGCUGCAUAUCGCCGCCUUCUUCCCGGGCCUCAUCACCGCCUGCUACGUCCUGCGGCCGUCCAGCUUCCUGCAGAGGACCUGGUCCGACCUCAGCUACAAGUUCAGCCGGGACGACUUCAAGUUCAAGGUGGUCAUCUGCAGCUCGCUGGAUGAGCUGCACGCCCACGUGUCGCCUGACCAGCUCACCGAGGAUCUGGGCGGCACCGUCCCGUACGAUCACGAGCAGUGGAUCCAGCAGCGGCUGGACCUGGAGAAGUUUUCACUGCGCUCCCAGGAGAUCUCCACGGCGCUGGAGCAGUUCCUGUUGCGGCUGCAGCAGACAGAGUUCCCUCAUGAUGUCGGCACCACAGAAAACAUGCUCAAGAGCCAGGUCAGCCGCCAGCACAGCGGCCGCUGCUUGGGCUGCCCAAUCCUGACGCUGCCCGACCCGGCCGUGGCGCCGGAGCCGUGCUGGGUGUCAGACGACGAGUACCGCCAGCUGGUCAUCUACCUGACGUCGGUGCCCGUGCUGGAAGAGGCCGACCAGGGCUUCAUCCUUGUCAUCGACCGCCGCCAGGACCGCUGGAGCUCGGUCAAGGCCGCCCUGCUGCAUAUCGCCGCCUUCUUCCCGGGCCUCAUCACCGCCUGCUACGUCCUGCGGCCGUCCAGCUUCCUGCAGAGGACCUGGUCCGACCUCAGCUACAAGUUCAGCCGGGACGACUUCAAGUUCAAGGUGGUCAUCUGCAGCUCGCUGGAUGAGCUGCACGCCCACGUGUCGCCUGACCAGCUCACCGAGGAUCUGGGCGGCACCGUCCCGUACGAUCACGAGCAGUGGAUCCAGCAGCGGCUGGACCUGGAGAAGUUUUCACUGCGCUCCCAGGAGAUCUCCACGGCGCUGGAGCAGUUCCUGUUGCGGCUGCAGCAGACAGAGUUCCCUCAUGAUGUCGGCACCACAGAAAACAUGCUCAAGAGCCAGGGCCAGGCAUACGCCGAGCUCAAGUGUGAUCUGAUGACGUCAUCGGAGGCGGGCGAGGCGUUGCUGGCCGACAUGCGCCAGUCGGCGGUGCGCUCGUCGACAAAUGUCGACUACUGUCCCGACAAGCUCAUCAACGUCACAGCCGUGCAAAGACUGCUGGUGCAGCUGGAGGAGACGGUGCGGCGCUUCGAAAACUACUGGAGCAGCUACGAGCAGCGCCUGCUGCGCUGGCUGCAGCUGCGCCGCUUCGAGCACGGCUUCAAGGAGUGCCAGACCGAGCUGGAGCACCUGCUGAAGCGCCUCUCGGACGCCACGGAUGUCGGCGAGUCUGUCUCUCACGUGGACCAGCUCAUCAACGAGCACACAGUCGUGCAGAAACGAUGCCUGGAGACGCAGCGGCAGGCGGACGAUCUGCAGUCGUUCGGCCGGGACCUGCAGAUGAGCGCUGGCGACCUGGGCAGCGAGGGCAUCGAGGCGCGCUGCGUCGAGCUGCGCCGGCUCGGAGAGCUCGUCUCUGACAAGCUGCGCCGCCGCACCCAGCUUUUGCACAAGUGCCGCGACCUGCACGAGCGCGUCCAGCGGGCCAACACGUGGUGCGCGCUGGGGGUGGAGCUGCUGACGUCGCAGCAGAUCGAGAAGUGUUCGGCGGCGCCGGAGCUGGCCGAGCGGGCGCUGGCCCAGAUCGAUGAGUUCCUCUACUCGGCGGCCGACUUCAACCUGCACUCGCCCGUCGAGCUGCGCUCCGCCUUCCAGGACGUCAUCACGCAGGAGACCAAGGCGCUCGUGCAGCAGGUGGUGCAGCGGAUCGAGGACGUGCGCACCAUGUGUGAUCGGCGCUGCAACAGCCUGAGGAAGUACACAGCCCGCCGACCCGUGCAAACCGUCAACCCCGAGCCGGCGGUGCCCCUGGACAAGGUCAAGCUGAGGUCGCCGAGGGACGCCCGCCGCUCGCGCAGGUCGGCCAAGGAGAACAUGUGCCCGGCGGGCCUGGACGAGGCAGAGUCGCGCGACCCGGAGCAGCUGGCCGCCAGGCGGCAGCACAUUCUCACCGAGCUGCUCGACACCGAGAAGACAUACGUCGCGGAACUCAACCAGAUAUUGAAGGGCUACAAGGACGAGAUGUUGAAGACGGAGCUGCAGCAGCUGAUCCCCAUCCAGCUGUACGGCAAGUCGGACGUGCUGUUCGGCAACAUGAGCGACAUCCAGCGCUUCCACAGCUCCGUCUUCUUGCGUGACCUGGAGCAGUGUAUCGGCGCGCCCGAGCAAGUCGGGCGGUGCUUCGUCGACCGGCGAGAGGCGCUGCACUGUCUCUACAGCGAGUACUGCCAGAACAAGCCGGCGUCGGAGGACCUGCGCCGGCAGAUCGGCGACGCCAACUCGUUCUUCAUCGAGUGCCAGCGCCGGCUGCAGCACAAGCUGCCGCUGGGCGCCUUCCUGCUGAAGCCCGUGCAGAGGAUCACUAAGUACCAGCUGCUGCUGAAGGAUCUGCUGCACUGCAGCGAAGACCCAGAUUGCUGCAAGCAACUGAACGAGGCCGUCGCCUGCAUGCUGGACGUGCUCAAGUGCGUCAAUGACUCCAUGCACCAGGUGGCCAUCAGCGGCUUUCCGGGGAAUAUUCUGGACCUGGGGCGUUUGCUGCUGCAAGCAUCGCACACCGUCUGGAUCGAGAAUAAGAAGGACCGUCUCCGAGAGCUCAGGUUGAAGCCCCGACAGCGUCACCUAUUUCUAUACGAAAAAAUGGUUCUGUUCUGCAAGAAGAAGGGCGGUGACAGGCCCCGGUACAGCUUUAAACAUUGUCUGAAGAUGUCCCAGGUCGGUCUGACGGAGACGGUGAAGGGCGACCCGCGCAAGUUCGAGCUCUGGCUGCCGGGCCGCUCCGAGGUGCACACUGUGCUGGCCGGCUCGGCAGAAGAGCGCGAGAACUGGGUUCGUCAGAUAAAGCGGGUGCUUAUGGAACAGCUCGAAUAUCUAAAGGGAGAAAACAUGAAGCAGUACAGGAUCCAAAAGGGAAGCAGCUUAAGCAACAACAGCACAGUCAUGUCGCCAACCGCGCACAAACCGCUACGACAGACCAGCUCCUGGGAGAACUCCAGCGAGCCAGCGGCGGCACGCAUGGCGUCUCGGGGCCGCAUCCAGAGCGUCGACUGGUCGCCGCAGACGAGCGGCGUGCCCGACGACGGCUGGAGCAGCGAGUACAGCAGCGAUGACGACACUUACCACGACAGCGCCGAGUACAACCGAUACAGUCGGUUCAUGGUGCUGGCCGACUACCAGGCCGUCGGACUGUCCGAGGUAUCGCUCAGGGAGGGCGACAUCGUCCAGCUGCUGAAGGUCGGCUGCGCUGGCUGGUGGUACGUCCGCACGCCAGCAGAGGCGGCGGCCGAGGGCUGGGCGCCAGCCACCUACCUGGAGCGGCUGAGCAAGCGGAACUCGUGCGGCUCUCCGUCGGUCAGCUCGGUGGAGAGCGGCGGCCUCGAGAUGCGGCCCGCCGCCAGCCGCAACUCGGUCGCUUCCAACCUCAGCGCGCCCAGCGAGGCCGACGAGGAGGCCAAGUGAGCGCGCGGCGCGGCCGGCGC